GGCUGGAGCGGGGCCGGCAGCGGGCCCGGGGCGGCCGAGGGCUUCGGCGACGCGAGGGGACGCCGUCUCCGGGCCGUGCUGGAGCCUCAGGCCGACCCCGGCGGCGUGGAGACGAUGGCGGAGGAAGAAGGACCAACUGUAGAAUUACGCCAAAGAAAAAAGCCAAAGUCUCCAGAAAAUAAGGACUCUGCCAAAGAAGUGAAAGUUAAUGAUACUUCAGUUCCUGAAAGAACUCCAAAAUAUGUAUUAUUUCAGCGCUUUGCAAAGAUUUUCAUUGGCUGUCUUGCUGCAGUUACUAGUGGUAUGAUGUAUGCACUGUACUUAUCUGCAUACCAUGAACGGAAGUUCUGGUUUUCCAACAGGCAGGAACUUGAACGGGAAAUCACAUUUCAGGGUGACAGUGCUGUUUAUUACUCCUUUUAUAAAGAUAUGUUAAAGGCACCUUCAUUUGAGAGAGGUGUCUACGAGCUCACACACAAUAACAAAACUGUAUCGCUGAAGACUAUAAAUGCAGUGCAGCAAAUGUCGCUUUAUCCAGAACUUAUUGCCAGUGUUUUAUAUCAAGCUACUGGUAGCAAUGAGAUUAUUGAGCCUAUGUAUUUCUAUAUUGGCAUUGUUUUUGGAUUGCAAGGAAUAUAUGUUACUGCGUUGUUUGUUACAAGUUGGCUUAUGAGUGGAACAUGGCUAGCAGGAAUGCUUACCGUUGCAUGGUUUACCAUUAACAGGGUAGAUACAACAAGAAUUGAAUACUCCAUCCCCUUAAGAGAAAACUGGGCACUGCCAUAUUUUGCGUGCCAAGUUGCUGCACUUACAGGCUAUUUAAAAAGCAAUUUAAAUACUUAUGCAGAGAGGUUUUGCUAUCUGUUGAUGAGUGCUUCAACUUACACCUUUAUGAUGAUGUGGGAGUACAGCCACUAUCUUUUGUUUCUUCAAGCAGUAUCUCUGUUCCUGUUAGAUAUCUUUACAGUGGAACAAGGUGACAAGAUCCAUGAGGUAUAUAAAAUCUACAUAUUUUCUCUGUUUUUGGGAUAUUUGCUACAGUUUGAAAAUCCAGCUUUAUUAGUGUCUCCUUUAUUAAGUUUUGUAUCAGCCUUAAUGCUUACUAAGUGCCUUCAGCUGAAUGUGAAGAAAGGAACUUUUGUAGCUAAAAUCAUGAAAGUGAUUAAUUUUUACCUGGAAUGUACUCUGCCAGUGACACUGAAUAUGAUAAUAAAGAUGUUUGUUCCACACACAGAAAAUGAGCACAUGCUCGAAUUCCUUGAAGUAAAAUUUGGGUUAAAUAUGACUAAGAAUUUUACAGUGAAUUGGCUCCUCUGUCAAGAAUCCCUCCAGACACCGUCCCAAGAUUUUUUUUUGCGAUUGACACAAUCUUCUUUAUUACCAUUCUAUAUUCUAGUGUUAAUUAUUUGUCUUCUUUCUAUGAUGCAAGUUAUUUUUAGGAGGCUUAAUGGAAAGUCCCUGAAAGAAACUGUUACUAUUGAAGAUGGACGAAUUGGAGAAAGGCCAGAAAUAAUUUAUCAUAUAAUUCACACUAUUUUAUUGGGUUCUCUUGCAAUGGUUUUAGAAGGAUUGAAGUAUAUUUGGACUCCUUACGUGUGCAUGUUGGCAGCGUUUGGUGUGUGUUCUCCUGAGCUUUGGAUGACUCUUUUCAAGUGGCUUCGACUAAGAACUGUGCAUCCAAUAUUGUUGGCUCUUAUUCUGAGCAUGGCUGUGCCCACCAUAAUAGGUCUCAGUUUAUGGAAAGAGUUUUUUCCCAGAUUAAUGACAGAAUUAACAGAACUACAAGAAUUCUAUGAUCCAGAUACAGUGGAACUUAUGACCUGGAUAAAAAGACAGGCUCCGGUUGCAGCUGUGUUUGCAGGGAGUCCACAAUUAAUGGGUGCCAUUAAACUGUGCACUGGAUGGGUGGUGACAAGCCUGCCUCUCUAUAACGAUGAUGAUCUUCUGAUGAGAAACGAAAAUAUUUAUCAAAUCUAUUCAAAGCGAUCUGCUGAGGAUAUUUAUAAAAUUCUGACAUCCUACAAGGCUAACUACCUAAUAGUAGAAGAUGCUAUCUGCAAUGAGGUGGCGACCGUGAGAGGCUGUAGGGUUAAAGACUUAUUAGACAUUGCAAAUGGUCACGUGGUUUUUGAAGAAGAUGACAAAUUAACCUACUCAAAAUAUGGAAGAUUUUGUCAUGAGGUCAAAAUUAAUUAUUCUCCAUAUGUGAAUUAUUUCACUAGAGUAUACUGGAACAGAUCCUACUUUGUAUAUAAAAUUAACACUGUGAUAUCCUUCCAAUCUUGAAAAAUAACAGAACCUUCAUUUCAAAGACUUACUGUACCUGAAGUAAAAUGUGGUUUUAUCUGUCUGGUGUCUGAUGCAGACCAAGCUGUGGCCACUCGCAAUGCUGCUGCUCCUUCUGCCCCCUCAGUUGCCUGGGCUCAGUGUUUUGUGAGAAACAGAAAAGGAACCAUGACUGUCCUUGAAUAAAAUGUCAAAUCUGUCACUGCAAUAUUCUAGACAGGUUUCUUCCUUAAGGUUUCACUUAUUUCAGUGUUCCCCCAUAAAUCUUCUAUAAUACCGAUCUUGAGUUUGAAUGUAUUCAGGGUCAGUAUAGUUCUCAAACAUAAUUUUAAUAAAUACAUAGUGAUACAGUUAUAUAAUAGACUAUUCUUCAAGUAGGUUGCUGAAGAAGUUUAAUGAACUGAAAUUUUACGAUAAAAAAAAUGUUGAAAAUCUGACAUUUAAAUUAAAAUUAUAGAGAGUAUUUAAGGAUAUACUUAAAGGUGUAUCCUCAGCUUUCAUGCUACUGCUUUCAUCUGCUGCUUAUGAAAAGUGAGCCCUUUCGUAGUGAAACAUGGUACAGGUUAUUGAAUUUCGUUAUUUUAUGUCUGUCUAAUAAUGAUUAUCUUUUUUACGUAUACCCAUCUAUUUGAUAAUCAUUUAAUGAUAAUAAAAUAACUUGUUACUUAUAUAUAAAAAUAUUUUCAGUGGACAUUUUAAAGACUAUUGUUGAUGGAAGUAUUAAGUAAAAAAUUAAAACUUAGUCAAAAUAAGUAUAUGUACACUGUGAUGUACACCAGUUUCUAAGGUAUAUGUAGAUGGUGUUAAACAUACCUCUGCAUGUAGAUACAUGUAUUCUAAAAUACAAAUGAUAUUAUUUAUGAAUCUGUGAUAGAAUUUUGAACAUCCAGAAAGAUAUAAGAAAACUUCAGGGGCUGGUGGUGUGGCUCAGUUGCACGGUGCCUGUGUGGUAAAUGCAAGGUCCUGAGUUCAAUUCCCAGUACCAAAAACAAGACAAAACAAACCUUUUAGGACACAGUUUCAUGUCAUAAAUGCUGUGCUUCUUUAAUUAUUUAUGUUCAUUUAUGAAAAAAUUUCUGAAACAACUAAUUUGGCCUUUGAAAGAGAUUCAGGAUAGAGAUAGCAUUAGAUGUAUCAUUUUAGUAAGAUGACAUACAUUAGUUUUGCCUUAUAUACCUGUUCAGUGAACAGGUUUUUCAACCUUUACUUGUUAGAGUACUGUAAGAAUAGCAUUUUUGGAACUCAAAAUUACUCCAUUAGGAAGGAAUAUCUUUCCAAUGUUUUUAUUUUCUGAUAUAUAAAGUACAUUUAUUCUUAGGGCAACCCUAGGAUGCUUUGCUCUUUUCAAGCUUAAAAACUGUUUGAUGGUGCAUAUGUGAUGUAUUUGUUUGUUGGCUUUCAUUUCAUUCUUAUAUAACUGUAUUCAUUGUAUUCAGAUAGUGGUAGGCAGCGUACUUCAGGUGUCCGUGUGCAUCUUAGUGGUGACUCACUUGUGUUUAGCAUCAAGCUUUAGGAAAAGGCUACCAUAGCUACCUAAGUACAGGGUGACUUGUCACACAUAGUACUUGGGAGUAGAGCAUGUAAAAAUUGUAAUUUAAAAGUCAGCUUGCAUAUUUUGAGGGGAAAUAGAAUAACCUACUUUCUCUGUUGUGUGAAAUAUUUAAUUAAAUUUUUAUUGGCUUAUGAUUACAUGUGCUAAAUUAGUUUUGGUUAUGUUUUGUCUGUCAUAUUAGUAUAUUGAUUUUGCUUCUGUCAACUCUUUAAAUAAAAUAGAUUUAGAGAAAUUCUUGAUUGAAUUUUUUAAGUACUGUAAUGAAUUUUUGUUCUGUAUCAAUUGAAAGAGCAAAGCAAGUGUUAUAAAGGAAAUAAUAUUUGAUUGAGAGACAAGAUUAUUUGCUUCUGCUUUAACUAUAGCUAAAACAAUAGUACUGUACUGGAAAAUCGACUUGGGAGCAUUUAUUUCCUUACCGUAACAAAUGAUCUACAAGGAAUUACAGUUGGCAAUUUACAGUUAUGUUUGAUACUAAGCAUCUAUUGAAGGAGCAAUAUUUAUUAGCUUUGGGUAGAAGGAAUUUCUCAACAAAACAUACUUUCUCCUUGAUAUUGCAAGCCAUUCAAGUAAGUGCCUUAGCUUCUUUAUUCCAAGUUUACUUUUUAUUUUCCCAUUCUCCCAUUUUCUUCUCUAAGAGAACAUUAGUAACUUAAUAAAGAGUGAAGAGCUGGGUGUGGUGGAAACACCAGUAAUCCCAGCACUCAGGAGGCAGAGGCAGGAGGAUUAUAGCGAGUUUG